CCGCCGCCGCGUCCUUCGCGCCGAGCCGCGCAGCAGCCGCUCGCCGAGCCCGCGGCUGGGGGCCCUGGCGUGCAGCACGGGCCUCGGCGGGGCCCAGAGCCCCGGCCCAAGAGGAUGCGGCCCGUGGUGGCCCGGGAGCUGAGCAGGGCCCCCCGCGCUGGCUCCCAGGGGUUCAGGCCUCCAGCGCUGCCGCUGCCGCCGCCCCGCCCCCGGGAGACAUGACUUCCAAGCCGCAUUCCGACUGGAUUCCCUACAGCGUCUUAGAUGAUGAGGGAAGCAACCUGCGGCAGCAGAAGCUGGAGCGGCAGCGGGCCCUGCUGGAGCAGAAGCAGAAGAAGAAGCGCCAGGAGCCCCUGAUGGUGCAGGCCAACGCAGACGGCCGGCCCCGGGGCCGGCGGGCCCGGCAGUCGGAGGAGCAGGCGCCCCUGGUGGAGUGCUACCUCAGCAGCAGCGGCAGCACCAGCUACCAAGUUCAAGAGGUCGACUCACUCAGCAGUGCGCAGCUGGGAGCCGCCCACCCACCAGCACCAGCCUCAGCCAAGCGAACCAAGGCGGUGACUGCGCCAGGGAGCCAGGGUGGGGCCUCCAGGAAGGAGAAGAAAGGGAAGCACAAAGGCACCAGCGGGCCAGCAUCCCUGGCAGAAGACAAGCCUGCGGCCCAAGGCCCAGUGCAGAUCGUGACUGUGGGCCACGCGGACCACGCCCAGGACGUGGGGGAGACGGCCGCUGGCGGGGGCGCUCGGCCCAGCGGGCAGGACCUGCGCGCCACAAUGCAGAGGAAGGGCAUCUCCAGCAGCAUGAGCUUUGACGAGGAGGAGGAAGAGGAGGAUGAGAACAGCUCCAGCUCCUCCCAGCUGAACAGCAACACCCGCCCCAGCUCUGCGACGAGCAGGAAGUCCAUCAGGGAGACAGCGUCUGCCCCGAGCCCAGUGGCCCCGGAGCCGCCUGUGGAUGUGGAGGUGCAGGAUCUGGAGGAGUUCGCUCUGAGGCCAGCCCCCCAGGGCAUCACCAUCAAAUGCCGCAUCACACGGGACAAGAAGGGGAUGGAUCGGGGCAUGUACCCCACCUACUUCCUGCACCUGGACCGCGAGGAUGGGAAGAAGGUGUUCCUCCUAGCGGGAAGGAAGAGAAAGAAGAGUAAAACAUCAAAUUACCUCAUCUCUGUGGACCCAACAGACUUGUCCAGAGGCGGGGACAGCUAUAUCGGGAAACUGCGGUCCAACCUGAUGGGCACCAAGUUCACCGUGUAUGACAACGGAGUCAACCCUCAGAAGGCGUCAUCCUCGACCCUGGAGAGCGGGACCCUGCGGCAGGAGCUGGCGGCCGUGUGCUACGAGACCAACGUCUUGGGCUUCAAGGGGCCUCGGAAGAUGAGCGUGAUUGUCCCUGGCAUGAACAUGGUUCACGAGCGAGUCUCCAUCCGCCCCCGGAACGAGCAUGAGACGCUGCUGGCACGCUGGCAGAACAAGAACACGGAGAGCAUCAUUGAGCUGCAGAACAAGACCCCUGUGUGGAACGACGACACCCAGUCCUACGUACUCAACUUCCACGGGCGUGUCACCCAGGCCUCCGUGAAGAACUUCCAGAUCAUCCAUGGCAAUGACCCGGACUACAUCGUGAUGCAGUUUGGCCGGGUAGCAGAGGAUGUGUUCACGAUGGAUUACAACUACCCACUGUGUGCACUGCAGGCCUUUGCCAUCGCCCUGUCCAGCUUUGACAGCAAGCUGGCCUGCGAAUAGAGGCCGCCUCAGUCUCCUUGGGUUGCCCAGCCUGGAGUGGAGCUCACCUGCCUGCCUGCAGAGAUGGCCCUGCCUACCCUGUGUACAUAGGUCUUCUGCCAGAGGAAGCCGUGGCCCGCGGUGGGCUUCCUGGCCCAGCCAGCCAGGAACUGGCUCCUCUGCCUCUGUGGCU